AAUAAUCAAAAUGUUUUCUAUAUAUCUUAUACCUUCGUCAGUUAUCUCGCUUUCGUCACUAUGAAUAUUCACAUUAGAAUUAUCGCUUAUUGAGGCUUCAUUAUCUCCAAUACCAUCAGUCUAAAUAUAAAAAAUCACCGCUUAAUUUCUAAAAACAGGAAAACAUGGAUUUGGCUCUCAAAAUUUUACAUACACUUACUGAAUUAGAAAAAUCUGAAAAAUCUGAAUCUUCGGUUAAAUCGUUGGCAAUUCGCAAUUGCGUUUUUCUGCUAAAUAAUUCAAAAUCUCGAACUCGUGGCAUUUUAAAGCAAAAGAUUACAAAUUGACUUUAUUAAUGCAAAUUGAAAUUUCAAAAAAAUUCGAUUCGAUUUAAUUUGACAUUGACUUGAUGAAAUUAGCGGCGAAACAAAGGCAGUUUGAUUUUUAAAAAACAUAUGUAAGUCUAUAUGUUACGUUGCCCUUGACAACGAAGUUUCGUGAACGAGAUUUGACAGCAUUGAAAUAUAGGCAGCUUCACUUUGACAUAAUGGAAACAAAAAUGUAUAUGCUCGUGCAAUGGGUAAAAAAGCCAAAUGAAGUGACAGUAAUGGAGGAAACUGAAAGCGCAAAAGAAAUAAAUGAGGGAGAAAUAUUUGAUAUUGACUAUCCGAAAAAAGGAGUUUUUAAAGCAACUCUUCUUCAAAGGAGUGAGUCAAAAGACUUUUUAGAAAAAAUGAGCAGAAAUGUAAAUAGAGACGGGACCACGACUGAACAGAAGAAAAAUAGAAAUGUCAGAAAAGUAAAAACUCAAUCCACGAAGGAGAAGGCUCAAUUAAAAUUAAAAACGAAGAUGAGAGAGCAAACAAAAUCAGUUUUAGAAAAAAAAAUUUCAUCACUGCACCCAAUUUGUGAGGAUGCAGAUAAGAAAACCGCUAAUAAAAGUGUGAGUGUGAAGAAUAAAGAAAAAUUAGAAUUAGAAAAUCAAAUGAAAAGGGACGAAGCUCAUUUAGCACUGAAGAGAAAAAAGAAUGUUAAGAUGAAUAAGACUGAUGAAAAACAAAUCUCCAAAAUGUUCUCAAUUGUAGAAUCUCCUUCAACAUCGAUAUUGCCUACAACUUCUGUGUUACGUUCAACUUCCAAAUCACCUUCAACUUCUGAAUCGCCUUCAUCAACUGAAUCACCUUUUACUAUUGAAUCGCCUUCAAUUAUUGAAUCGUCUUCAACUACUGAAUCGCCUUCAACUAUUGAAUCGCCUUCAACCACUGAAUCGCCUUCAACUACUGAAUCGCCUUCAACUACUGAAUUUAAUUUAACAUCGAAAUUGACCUCAAUUUCCGCAUUAAAUUCAACUUUCAAAUCGACUUCAAAUUCAAAAUCGUCAUUAAGCUUCAAAUUGCCCCAAAAAACAAAAUUAGUUUUAACUUCUACACCACCUUUAACGUCAAAAUUGUCCUCAACUUCCAAAUUACAUGCAACUUUAAAUUUAGCAUCAAACUCCAAAAAGUCUACAAAGUCAAAAUUUUCUUCCGAAUCAUCUACAACUUCCGAACAGCUAUCAAAUUCCGGUAAUACAAACGAAGAUUCUCAAAAUAAUACCACACAACAUGAGAAAUCAAUUAAUUUGCUCUUCGAUGAACUGAAAGCAAAAUGUAAGAAAAAAUGA